AUGGCCUUCUUUCUUCAAUUUCCUAAAGAAGGUUUUUUUUUUUUUUUUUCUAGUUUUAAAAGAAGUUGUAAUAAUAAUAUACAUUUUUUAUUAUAUAAGAAGAGAAACAUUGCAUGUUUGUGUGCUAAGAAAUAUUAUUAUAGUAAUAUUGAUUGUGUUAUAGAUAAUCCUAAAAAAAGGCCAACAUUAAUUCUUCAUGAAAAAUGCGUAAAGAGCGUAAUAAACGGUUUCCCUUGGUUAUAUUCUAAAGAUAUAAAAAAUGCAGAAGAGUUAUAUAUAUACAGUCCAUGUUUAGUUAAUAUAAAAGAUGAAUAUAAUGAAAAUAUAGGUGUAGGAAUAUAUAAUCGGAAUUCUAUAAUAUCUUCAAGAUUGUUAAGUAGAAAUAUAAAUGAACAUAUAAAUGAAGAAUUUUUUAAUAUACGUAUAAGAAAAGCAUAUGAAAAAAGAUUAGAAUUAUUUCAUAAUGAAAAUUUCUUUAGGGUUGUGAAUGCGGAAAGUGAUUUUCUUCCUGGAAUUAUUAUUGAUAAAUAUAAUAAAUUAGUAUGUGUACAAAUAAAUGCUAGUGGGAUGGAUAUAUUAUUACCUGUUAUAAUGAAAAGUAUUGAAAAUGUUUUAAAUCCAAAUAUUAUUAUAAUAAAAAAUGAUAAUAAAAUAAGGAAAUUAGAAAAACUACCUAUGAAAAAAGAAAUAUAUAAAGGCAUAUAUAAAUCUCCAAUAGAAGUUCAAGAAAAUGGUAUAACAUUUUUUGUUGAUAUAUUGAAAGGACAAAAAACAGGAUGGUAUUAUGAUCAAAGAUAUAAUCGUACCAUGCUUAUUUCAUAUUGUAAAGAUAAAAAUGUUCUAGAUCUAUUCUCAUAUGUUGGAUCCUUUGGUAUUACAUUAGCAUAUUAUGGUGCUAAGGAGGUAACUUGUGUAGAUUCUUCCUAUUCCGCUAUACAAAACGGAUUACAUGCAGCACAAUAUAAUAAUGUACUAGACAAAAUUAAUUUUGUUCAUGGAUGCGCUAGGAAUUUUUUACAUGUAUGUUUAAAUGUACAAAUAUUAUUACAUGAUAACAAAGGGAAAAAUAUCAAAAAUGUUUUUGACGACACGUCAUCAAUAUCUAAAAACACUUUGGAUUUAAAAGAGCAAAAAAAUAAAGUACUAUUACAAAAUAACAAAAUCAAUUUAAAUAAUGAAGAACAUUUAAUAAAUUCUAACGUUCAUAUGAAGUUAGAACAAAGUAACACACAUAUUUCAUUUGACGAUAAAAUAAAAAAAAAAACAUCGAAUGAUAAUUUGUUACAAGUUAUAAAAGAAAAUAACCAUAAUUUUGAAUCUGUUAUAAAUGAAAAGCUUUUAACAGAUAUAAAGAAUUUAUCAAUAUAUGAAAAGAAGAAAACAGAUGUGUACAUAGAAGAUAUAGAAUUUUUAUUAAGUAAAAGUAAUAAUUAUAAAUUUUUCCAAAAAACAUAUGAUGUUAUUUUAAUAGAUCCGCCACCCUUAGCUCGUAAUAAUUAUUGUCUACCAUCCGCAUUAAAAAUUUAUGAAAAACUUUUAUAUGUAUCCUUUAGAAUAAUACAAAAACCAGGUUAUGUAUUUGUAUCAAGUUGUAAUAGAUUAAUUGGAUAUGAUAAAUUAUUACUUUGUAUUAAAAGAGCAUUAAAAUGGUCGAAAUGUGAAGGAACAAUAAUAGGAGAAGGCAGAAUUAGUUCUGACCAUCCUAUUCAUAUAUCUUUACCCGAAACUAAAUAUUUAACUUCAAUUCUUUUAAUGAUAACAUAG